UAAUUUUUUUUGUCUUUCAAUCUUCAGAUUUCCUGUUUAAGUUCUUGGUCAUAGGCAACGCUGGAACUGGAAAAUCCUGUUUACUACACCAAUUUAUUGAAAAGAAAUUCAAAGAUGAUUCAAAUCAUACUAUAGGAGUGGAAUUUGGCUCGAAGAUCAUAAAUGUUGGUGGCAAAUAUGUAAAAUUGCAGAUCUGGGAUACAGCAGGACAAGAGAGAUUCAGAUCUGUAACAAGGAGUUACUACAGAGGAGCUGCAGGUGCUUUGCUUGUCUAUGACAUAACCAGCCGGGAAACCUACAACGCGCUUACUAAUUGGUUGACGGACGCAAGAAUGCUAGCAAGUCAAAAUAUUGUCAUAAUACUGUGUGGAAACAAAAAGGAUCUGGAUGCAGAUCGGGAAGUUACUUUUUUAGAAGCAUCCCGGUUCGCACAAGAAAAUGAGCUGAUGUUCUUGGAAACAAGUGCACUAACGGGGGAAAAUGUUGAAGAGGCUUUUGUACAGUGUGCAAGAAAAAUACUCAAUAAAAUUGAAUCAGGAGAACUGGAUCCAGAAAGAAUGGGCUCAGGUAUUCAGUAUGGAGACGCUGCCUUGAGACAGCUGAGAUCACCACGGAGAGCACAAGCACAAAGUGCUCAAGAAUGUGGGUGUUAA